AGACAGACGCAGCCUGUGUUUCUGCUGAUGGAAAGAAUCCAAUAGAGAGGAAGAGGCUGAGGAUGCAGGAGAGAAGUCAGCACUGUGAGGAGUUGGCCUGACCCAGCGGAUGUGAUUCCCAGGACAGAAUGGUGCUGGACUCAGGGACUCAGGUGUAUGAGCAACCACCGCCUAGCCAGCCAACCAGUCCCACAUCUGUGGGCCCUAGGCUGAAGCCCUCAGAUCAAAAUGGGACUCCGUUGUAUCCCUGGCCUCGAUCCCUUGCCUUGCCUCUGGCCCUAUCAGUUCCCUCAGGCCUGCAUCGCAAGUCUGAGCUGCAGCCCUGCCGGGAGCUGCGCUUGGCCCACCGCACUCACAUGCAUCGCAGCGAGAGUACCUACACUGUAAACAGUACCGGCCGUGGGGGCCGUGGCCUUCUCGGCCAGACACCAUCUAGACGGGGACUGGAUCUAGGUGGAGGCACCCUGAGGCCUGCAUCCUCCUUGCCUCACAUUGCUAAGACUCGAAAGGAUGCCAGCAAGAGUGGUACCAGCAAGAGCCCCUGCAUGUUGGUGGCCUUACGGCCAACCAACAUGGACAUUGAGCGGGUCAAGUUCUUCCAGUCCCAUUACACCUACAACCCUCAGUUUGAGUACCAGGAACCCUUGCCCACGGCUGUGCUAGAGAAAUACUGUGCGGCCUCUGGACAGUUCAUCCAUCAGGCAGUUGGCAUCAUUGAGGCUGUCCUGGAGAAGUUUGGCACCUAUGAACAAUUUGAGGCGGUCACCGGGGGCCAGCUGCUGACCAAGUGCCAGAUCUGGUCCAUCGCCCGCAAAUAUAUGCAGAAGGAAGGCUGCGCUGGAGAGGUUGUGGUGCAGCUGAGUGAAGACCUGUUGUCACAGGCAGUGAUGAUGGUGGAGAACAGCCGCCCCACACUGGCCAUCAACUUGAGUGGAGCCCGUCAGUACUGGCUGGAGGGCAUGCUCCGGCAUGAGAUAGGAACACACUACCUGCGGGGCGUGAACAAUGCGCGGCAGCCAUGGCGCAACGCUGAGGGCCGGCUGCAAUACGGGCUGCGACCUGCUAACCCCACAGAGGAGGGUCUAGCCAGCCUGCACAGCGUGUUGUUCCGCAAGCACCCCUUCCUGUGGCGCGCUGCGCUGCUCUACUACACCAUCCACCGUGCCGCUGCCAUGUCUUUCCGCCAACUCUUCCAGGACCUGGCUCGCUACGUGCAGGACGCCAAUGUGCGCUGGGAGUAUUGCGUGCGCGCCAAGCGUGGCCAGACCGACACCUCGCAGCCGGGCUGCUUCAGUAAGGAUCAGGUGUACCUGGACGGCAUCGUGCGCAUACUGAGGUACCGCCAGACCAUCGACUUUCCAAUGCUGACCUCCCUGGGCAAGGUGUCCUAUGAGGACAUAGACCUUCUGCGACCCCAUGGGGUGCUGGAAAAGACCCGAGUGCCCCACUUCAUGCAUGACUUGGCACGCUACCGGCAGCAGCUGGAAUACAUCAUGGCCACUAACCGGCUGGACGAGGAAGAGCUGGGCCGUCUGCUGCCUGACUGAAGCCAGUGGAGACCUGGACCAAGGGCAUGAGCACCGGUCCAGAACAUGACAGCUGUAUGCUCCCAUCACCUCAGUGUCUCUUGGGGAACUGGAAGGACAGAAACAAUGAGGAAGGAGGAGCAACAACCUUAGCUGCUCUAUGUUCCCCGCAGCAGCAUUGGCCCCCCUGUCUGCCUGCCGCCAGUACUCUGGGGAGCAGAGGAGAAGCAAGGAGGCAGCUGGGGAAACUGCAUGGAGCGGGAGGUGGGGAGGUGGGAGUAGAAACUUGUCCCUGCAUGACAUGGCCUUGGGCAUCUCUUCAUUCUGUGUCCUCUCCUCCCCCACCCAGCCCCUCGGUGCUUCUCCAGCUUCCACACUAUCUACCUCUGGUGGGGGGGGCGGGGGGCUCUCUCUCCUGAGGUAAUUCCUGAGAUGGUGGUACUGGUUGUCACAGGAUGCAUGAGCAAGGCUCCUGGUGGCAGAGACCCAGCAAUCGCUCCUCCCACUGCUAGUGCAUCUGUCCCAGCUUCUGCCCCAGUCCCUCUGGGGCAGUCUUGGAGGAUGCACAACUCCUCUCCAAGCUGGGCUGUUCCCAGCCCCACUCAUUCAUCUCCCCUCCCUCUGCUCCCCCUUUCCUCAUCUCUCCCUCUCCUCUGUUCCUCUCACUCGUGCUCACAAACGUGCCCACGAGUCCCGCCCAAGAACUCACCUCACCCUCCUCCAGUGGACUCUGCUGUCCCUGCCUUGGCCCACACCCUCUGGCCAGUGGGCAGCAGUAGCCACAGUCCGGCCUAAGGGGCAGGCCCCUUGUUCCAGGCCUCAGGUUUGUUUUUCCCAGAUAGACAAACCCCCACAGGGGAGUAGGUGGGACAGAGAUGGGUGAUGCGUCAUGUAUUUGUGUCACCUCAGACUCAGUGGUGCCGCUGACUGAAUCCCAUUCCCACCCUGAGCCUGAGUCCCACCCUCCCUCCCAAAGCCAGAAACAGAAACAUGGCUGAAGGCCCUUAUUGGUUGAGAGGAUGUGUAUGUACUGCUCAGAACCCCCAAGCUUCCGUCCCAAGAGAAGCCAAUUAAACUAGGUUACAGUGAAA